AUGAGGAUGAGAAGUCCUCGUCGACAUCGAUGGCUGACGGUGUCAGUAUUCUUCAUAGCAUACUCCGUGUUCCAAGCUAUCUACAGCCCCUCGAACGCCUCGGAACCCAUCGACAAACCAGCUGAAGACCUUCCCAUCGGACCUACCAAUAAGCCUGAAGUUACUGCGAAACUUGGAACUACUAUUGAUGAGACCCCGCUCUCUUCGGCCCCUAAUACUCCACCAUCGGAGAAGAAGACUGAAGAAGAAGAAGAAGGACCUCCGGCAGGCGGCAAGAAGGGGAUGAAGGGGCUCGAAGAAGAUGACGACGUAGACAAGAAAGACCAGAAAGAUGCCGGUUAUGUUGAGGACAGUGAAACGGAGGAGAUGCGUGAGGAGGAGAGAUCAAACUGGAAAUCGAACCCCACUGUAAAACCUUUGCGGGUCAACUGCUCGCCACCAGCCAUCGAACAGUUCCCAAAACCACUGAUGGGCCAGUCAGCUCGCAAGCAUGGAGGUUUGAUCAUCCACAUCCUGGUAGCUGUCUUCACGUUCAUUGGACUGGCAAUCGUUUGUGACGAGUACUUCGUGUCAAGUCUCGACAGGAUCUGUGAAGAAUCCUCACCUCCGGACACCUCCAUCUCCGAGGAGUCCGAGGGGGCAGCCUUUCCCAGGGCGCUCCCCUCCGCUGCCAGCCGCUCUGCCGGCUCAGAGCGGCUCCCAGCCGCUCUUGUGGAGCCCUUCCCCUUGCCCCUACCCCGCGCAGCCGUGGGGAUUUUGGGGGCUGGGGCCUCCUGCUCGAUGGAGGACGGCUCUCGACCAUCCUCCAACCUGGGACGUUUAAAAACGCCCCGGUCUCUUUUGUGGCGCAGCGCGAUGCUGACGCCAGACAAUGAUGAGUCGGACUCUGAGUCCGACUCCUUCCUCCCCGGGGCCCGUGCCCGAGACUUGCUGGACGGGGCCAGCGCCUCCCCACGAACCCGAGAGCCAACCUGGCCCUCGCUAUCGCCUCCAAGCGAACUGACCUCGCUUGCCUUCUCCUCACCGUAUUUCAACGAAAUUGAAAAAAAUAGUGUAAAAAAACUGAAAUUGGCUCCUGACGUGGCCGGUGCAACGUUCAUGGCGGCCGGCAGCUCGGCGCCUGAACUCGCCACCGUCGUCAUUGGAGUCUUCUGCGCACAGGAUGAUAUCGGAGUGUCAGGAGUAAUCGGGUCGGCGGUGUUCAACAUUAUGUUCGUGAUAUCAGUGUGUGCGCUGUGCGCGGGUACUGUGUCCCACCUGAACUGGUGGCCACUCUGCCGCGACUGCUUCUUCUAUGCAAUCUCCAUACUUGUCAUGCUCUGUACCAUCGCCAACUCCAUCGUUUCCUGGCCAGAAGCACUGUUCAUGUUGAUAAUGUACGCGGUGUACUGCGUCGCUUUACGAUUCAACACUACACUGGAGCGCUGGGCGAUGACACUCCCACUUCCAUUCAAGUUACCCACCAGAGAAGAGCAAGCCGCUUUAGUUACUUACAGGAGUGCUGGUGGCCAGCCCCCAGCCCCCGCAGCAGCAGGAGACACUACUUACGCACAAAUGGACGGACAGACCAAGGAGACACCACUUCAAGAAUCACCAACUUACAAUCCAGGCGGCGCGUAUGACAAUGCAGCUUACAACGCCGAGCCCCCUCCAGCGUGGGACCCCAGCCAGGAGUGGGACCCCAACCGGGCUUGGGAUGAUACGAUGCAAACUCCAAUCUAUAACGCGUACCAGCCCGGGCAACAGACGCAGCAACAGCAACAAAAACAGCAACAACAACAACAGCAACAAGGAACAACACAAUCGCAACAGGACGGGCAACAACAACCACAACAGCCAGCUGCCCCCGCUUAUUACAAAGCUAAGGAGUACAACCCUGAGACCGCCGUGGAUCCUCUCGUCAAACCAAUUGGAGCCAACCACUUCCAGCUGGCGUGGUGGUAUCUAGUGUUCCCCAUCCACUGGUCGUGUCGCCACACAAUGCCCGACUGCCGCGGCCGCUGGUACCCCGUCACCUUCAUCAUCAGCAUGCUGUGGAUCUCCUUCUACUCCUAUUUCAUGGUGUGGAUGAUCACCAUUAUUGCUAUUGUUUCUUGA